ACAUUCACCCAUUUAUGAUCAUAUAGGUCCAGGAACAAUCUUCUACUCAUAAGCUUUAAUCAUCAAGAAAUCCUAAGACUUUCCAAAUUAGUCUCUAAACUGUUUCCAUAAUUAGUGAGUCUGAAAAUUCACAGUAGUUCUGAUUCUGAAAGGUGUGAAGUUAAGAAUGGAGUUACACUUGUGUGGUUCAGAGUUGAUUGGUUCAAGAAAGCUGCUUCCUAACCUUUUUCUCAACUCUAUGCACUUAGUUGCUGACAAAGUCUCUCCACAAGUCUGCUCUUGCAAAGGUAAUCUUCUGCACGCGUCGUAUCUGAGUACUGCACACAAUGCUGCGAGUUCAGCCAUGAAAGAAAAGUUAAUGGUGGAUGUUUAUUCAUUUCAAAUGAAUGGAACUAAUGGUGCUAGCCCAACAACAUAUUAUAGUAGAAGAGUAUUAGAAUCAAUGGAUGAUGAGUAUGGGGGAGUUGUUGUUAAUUCGGAAAAACUACCAUCUAAUCCAAGUGUCUUUGCCUCUGUUCUUCAGUCAUCUCUUUCUCAAUGGAAAUCACAGAGAAAAAAUGGAAUUUGGCUUAAGCUUCCACUGGAGAAAUCAGAGUUUGUUCCUAUAGCAGUUAAGGAAGGAUUUCAGUAUCAUCACGCGGAGAAAGGAUAUGUCAUGAUGACCUACUGGAUUCCUGAAGGGCCUUGCAUGCUACCUGAGAAUGCUUCCCAUCAAGUUGGAGUUGGGGGAUUCGUUAUCAACGAAAAGAAUGAGGUCCUUGUGGUGCAAGAGAAACACACUGCCCCUGCACUUGCUGGUCUGUGGAAAAUACCAACCGGUUUCAUCCACGAGUCAGAGGAGAUCUUCAAUGGAGCUGUAAGAGAAGUUAAAGAAGAAACUGGGAUCGACACUGAAUUUAUUGAAGUUGUAGCUUUUAGACAUGCUCAUAACGUGGCUUUCCAGAAGUCUGAUUUAUUCUUCGUCUGCAUGAUGAAAGCCUUGUCAAAUGACAUUGUCAUUGACAAUCUCGAGGUUCAAGCAGCCAAAUGGAUGCCAUUAGUAGAUUUCGUGCAGCAGCCUCUGAGCCGAGGAGACAGAAUGUUUAAGAAGAUCAUCGACAUCUGCAUUGCACGUCUGGGGGAACGGUACUGUGGAUUAUCAGUUCAUCCAGUUGUCUCAGUAUUUGAUGGCAAAUUGUCCUCCUUGUACUAUAACGUAGUUGAUGCUGAAGAUUCCAACUGCCAAACCACACCUAUCUGAUAUCUUCGACAAUGGAGAUGUCAGUUCUGCUAAUGCUCAACCAUAUAAGUAGUAUUAUCACUCCUUGUAAUAGCAUAGAUCUCUGUAAUGUAUGUGUACCUAGUACAGAAUAUAGAUUUUCUUUGUAAAUACAUAUACUUUUUGUA